AUGCUCAUCUUCCCUCAUCCACCCUCCAAUCCCUCUGUUCCUAUUCACGUUCAAACGCCCGCACGACCCGCCUCCGCGCACGACACUCCGCCCGCCCUCGAGAAAGACGUCGCUCGGAACAUCAACACAGAGGCGGAGGGGCGUCCCGUGACCUGCACUCCCAAGGAAUAUCUCAUGGCUGCUAGUGACGAGCACACUGAAGGUUCAGACCUAACUGAGACUAUACCAUGUCCUCUGUCCAAACAAGGGAAUGCUAUAGUCGGUGAGGAAAUGUCCCAUGUACAGGAUGAGGUGGGGAAGCUGCAGCAGCACCUGUCCCUACUGCGCGAACAGUACGUGAAACUGCAGGAAAGAUACACAGCACUCGAGCAGCAGCAUGCCAUCGUCACAGCAGGCACUCAGGCGUCGGAAGGGGAGGACUCCUUUGUCACGAGGCUCUUGCGUUUCGUGGCGGAUUUGUAUGAUAAGGAAAAGUACAGUGACAUGUCAGUACACCUUGGAACCAGGACCAUAAGAGCCCAUCGCUUCGUUCUGGCUGCGCGUAGUGACAACUGGGGGGUGUCGUCCCUGGCAGACGUCGAUGCACUAGAUUGGAGUUCACUGGAUGAAGAGGUUGGUGAGGCUGUUUUGCGAUGGGUGUACACAGACCAUGUCAGUCUCCUCAAUGAGCAUGACUUCACACUCAGUCUCAUGAGGGCAGCGGCAUGCUUUUCUUUGAAUCCUUUGAUGAAAAGAUGUGAAAAGGCACUCAUGGGGUGGGUCACAGUGAGAAACUGCGUUCGACUCUACACCACAGCAGAUGAGAUUGGUGCGCAGACAUUGAGGGAUCAUUGUUCAACGCUGAUAUCCACACACUGGAACGACUUCACUCCCGAUGACUUCUCGCACAUGUCGGCUCCUUUGCUCUACGCCAUGUUCAAGAGUAAGACGAAGCACCCUCUGCAUGCGGCCAUCAGACUGCAGAGAGAAGACGUUGUUUUCUUGUACCUCAUCGAGUUCGACUCUCAGGUCAGCUGUUCCCAAGUUUUACUAAGCACCAUGUUUGGACUUCUGGAGUAA